AGGGGAUAUCUCCAGUAAACAGAGCAAGAGUGCGCGCGGGAGAGACUAAAUACGCAAUGACAGACGUGACACACUCCAGUCUACUGUGGACAAACAAAGUAUUUCUCUGGGCUCUUGUUGCCGUCUACUCCAUCGCCGCUCUGUUUAGGCCUGCUAAGAGUCGUUCAAUCAAGACAAGAUGCAGACCAAUGACUGCGUGCAGUGUUGGAAAUAAACCAGCUUUUUAUUCCACAAAAGGAAAUAUUAAUAUUAGAUUUUUUUUCCCCCCUCAUUUUCCAUCAGGGACCUCUAUGCAAUUUAAUCACCACUAAAAUCAUUAAAAAAGAUCUGAAGAUUAAAUUAUAUUGGCAUUUGCAAAAUUAUGUAAUACAUUUACAUUACAAUGAAGAAAUUAAAAUAAUGCAUUUUAUCUGUCUGGGGUUCCGCUGAGCUCUACCUGGGGAAAUAUAGCAGCAGGAAAUGGACAGGCUGUGUUCUUGAGAUCUGACGAUCUGUAAUGGAGAAGAGCUCAGAGCUUUGGACCUCCAGAGCUGCUUCUCCUGGUCUGACUGAUGAGGAGGUCGACCUGGCCAUCCAGCGGUCCGGUAGUACAGAGGAGCCGCUCACUGUAGCUGUUUCAGGGCCCACGUACAUCGCUCACCCUGUUCCACUGGCCCCACACAGUCCCUCAGGUUAUAGAUGGAGAGACUACAGUGCCCUGGCUGUCGUCUUGGCAGGAAUGGCCUUUGGCUUCUAUCAUCUUUACCGGAAAUACAUCCUUCCCCUCAUUAUGGGCAGCAAAGAGGACAAGAAGCAUCUGCGGAGGAUCGAGAGCAACAUUGCAGAUAUGAGUGGCACACUGACACAGACAGUCACCCAGUUGCAGAUGACCCUGGCUUCAGUGCAGGAGCUGCUGGUCCAGCAACAGACGAAAAUACAGGAGCUGACACAAGAGCUGGCUAACUCGCAGGCCUCAUCUGCCACCAACCGCAUGCUGGAGUCUCAGAGCAUCAGUGAACUCAAGGCUGAGAUUUUAUCUCUUAAGGGUCUUCUUCUCGGCAGGAGACAGUUUCCCGCUUCGCCCUCCGUUCCCAAAAUCCCAUCCUGGCAAAUCCCUCUCAAACCCGGAUCGCUGUCCAACCCGCCCUCCAUCAACCACACCAACAGCAGCAGCGACAUCUCGCCCGUCAGCAACGAGUCAGCCAACUCCUCCCCCAUCAAAGAGGGCAACAGCUCCCAGGCCACCCCGUCUGGCUCGCUCUGCCUGAACGGAGACGUGGGCCUGGGCUCCAUUCUCCCUCUGGACCUGAAAGACCAGGUCCGUAUGGAAGUCCAGGGCGAGGAGGAGAAGAAAGAGGAUGAUGAGGAUGAAGAUGAGGAUGACGAUGUGACCCAUGCGGAUGAGGGAGACCACCUGAGCGUGCAGACGGAGGACAGGAAAGGAGGUGAUGGACAGAUAAAUGAGCAGGUGGAGAAGCUGCGGCGUCCAGAGGGUGCGAGCAACGAGAGCGAGGUCGAUUAGAAAGAAACUUCAUCCGUCCAUUGGCUUCUCUCGGUUUCCUUGGAGUUCAUUUAAGAUCUGAUAUCACACCCUCAUCGCAGUAAAACGGCUACCGUGAGCAUCAUUUAACAUUGUACGAAAGCAGCAGGUGAGGUGGAUUAUGCUCCUUUCACUGCAGUUCUUUACCCUUUUGACUUUUCAACAUGCAAACUUUCAACGUGCAAACCAGACUGAAGGCACAAACCCUUCUGCAUGCCCGAACAAGCACAGCAACAGAAAUUUCUGGAAAGAAGACAAGAGAAUUAUGACUUUAUGUUUCGCAGUCCAUACAUUUCCCCUAAAUGCUAGCUAGCUGUUUUACUAGAGACUGUAGUACUCCAAAAAAAUGCCUGUUUAAGUGUACCAUAGCACCUCAAUAGUCAAUACAAAUGUCAUGUACGUGGUGUUAAGACGAUAGACAAAUCAGAGGCCCCACAGAAUUUUGUAGUGAUCUGAGAUCUGUUUCAACGCCAUAUUUUUUGUUUUGUUCAGCAGUAAACACUAGUUCUGGAUCAGACCUUGUAAUCUGUCGUAGUGAACCAAUUCUCCUUCAGACGUGUAGUACAGCAGGCUUCAGCAGUCUGUGUAACAACGAGGCCUUGUAUUUGUGUUUAGAGUGAUGGUGGAUUUGAGAUUCCUGUGGGAGAAAGAGAGAGAGAGAGAGAGCGAAAACGCGCAUGAGAAUGCAGACAAUGAGGCGAAAGAGAAAUGUGUUUGUCUCUGUCGUUUCUCUCAAGUCUCCAGCAGGGUAGCUGAUUUGGUUUAUGAAGUAUGUUAAUAAUCAAAUGAUCGACAAAUAACAGAUGUAUUAGUUCAUGCGGCUUGAAAUGUCAAGGAGGCUAAAAUCGGAAAUCUAAUACUGAAAGCCUGUUAUAUUGUAUUAUAUUACAUGACAAACCCUCCAGUCCAAAUUAUAUAGGCCUCCUGCAGUGAAUAAUCUUAACAUGAAACGGUGCUGGGGUUUUGUAAUUAAACCGUGUAAAACAAUGGAUGCUUCAGCGGAGGUGCUGACAGUUGUGCUUUUCUCUUUGGGGGCUUUUCUCUCAGAAAGUCCUGAGAGGAUUAAAAAAGAAGACGAAAAAAAAAAAUUUCCCGUGAUGCAAAUGGAGAGUAGCGUAUGAAUAUUUAACUAAUGGAAUUACUCACUCACCAGCUGAUGAGAAACAAAGCCAGAGAGAUCCUGGAGUGAGAACGAGUGUCAGAUCCAUUGUGACAUUUUCACUUUUAACAAAUGACCUUCAGAGUAACCGGAUUACAGUGCAGCCAGGUGAAUUGUGGGUCUGGGACUGCACAAUGAAAGAGUCAUGUGCGUACGUCUUCUUACUUCCUAGAUUAGGAAUGGCUUAACACUAACCCACACAAGAAUAGUAUAUUCUUUCAUAUGAUACAAUGUCGAGAGAAACCGUGAGUUGACUUUAUUUUUUUUUUUUCUAAAACUUGGGUGAUGAUUUGAAAAGCUAAAAAUCCAAAUGUGAAGUGAACAUUAGAGGAAUAGUUCAACCCAAACCACAACAAAUGUGAUUUACUGAAACCUUUUUUUUUUUUUUUGUGGAAAAAAAAUCACACUUCUCCUUACCAUAGAUCAACAAUUCAUAGCAACCAUGUCUGGUAAAACUCCAAAAAUAUCCCCUGAAACACCAUUAAAGAACCAGAUCAGUCCAAUUGAUGAAUGGUUUUUGAUUAACUGGUUGAUCUGGUUCAGAAAUCACACUACACAUUUCAUUCGCAAAAUUUGACUGAUCUGGUUCUUGAGUUAAACUCCGUACAUCCGGAGUGGUUCUCAAGUUAACAGUUCAAGAACUGUUCAGACAAAGUUUUUUUUUUCUUUUUUUGGAGCUCAACUGGUCUCUAUUAACUUGUACACAAACACUAUUCAAAACAUAACACUGUUUGUCCCAUAAAAAAGGCUGUUUGUAAUGACAUGAAAUUGAAAAUAACAUGUUUUUUUAGUGAACUAUCCUUUUAAAGGAAUCAGUAAAGUCUGUUUAAUCUUGAAAGUAAAAGACAGUUUUUGGUGUCAGAAGUGUCAUUGCAGAGUUACCGAAAGUUAGCUUUUUAAGUGAGAGGAAGGAAGACCAUCAGCUUCAGAAUGAGA